GUGAGAGAGAGAGAGAGAGGGAGAGAGGUGGACAGGGCUUUCCUCAGGUGUUUGCUCCAGUCAUGGCCGGGAACUCAGAGAAAGUACCGAUCGCCUCGGCGGGACCGGAGGACCUGCAGCAGUUCAUGCCUCCGGCCUACUCCGCCGUGGCCGUGAAGCCCGCCGCCACCGGCCGUCUGCUGAAGGCCGGGAUCGCGGUGCUCAUCGCAGGGGCCCUCCUACUGCUACUGGGGGCAGUCGGAGCUUUCUACUUCUGGAAUAACAACGAAAAACACGUCUACAAUGUUCACUACAGCAUGAGCAUCAAUGGCAAAGUGGAGGAUGGUACAAUGGAGAUCGACACGGCCAAUAACAUGGAGAGAUUCAGCACCGGCAGUGGGGCGGAUGAGGCCGUGGAGGUCCAUGACUUUGAGAUUGGAAUCACAGGGAUCCGGUUUUCAGGAGGAGAGAAGUGCUACAUCAAAACCCAAGUGAAGGCUCGUCUGCCUGAUGUGGAGGCUCUCAACAAGGACUCUUUGACAUUUGACCUGGAGGACGAGGUGAUGCCGGCCAAAUUUGAGGAUGAUCUGAUCUGGGUGGCGGCUGACACUCCCCUCUCGGACUCUGCCUUCCUCAGUAACAAGAUAAAGGACCUGUGCGGAGACCUGCCAAUCUUCUGGCUCCGUCCCACCUAUGCAACCAGCGGACAGAGGAAGAGGAGGGCUGCUCCCCGCCAACGCCGCCAGGCAGCCAGGGCCGAGGAGGAGGAAGAGGACGUGGAGGCAGAGUUCAACCCAGAGAACCCCUAUCAGAGAAAUCUGGAGGGCGAGCAGGACACCAUGAAUAUCGACCCCAUGCUGGACCACCAGGGCGUGUGCUGCACCGAGUGCCGUCGCGGCUACACCCACUGCCAGAGGAUCUGCGAGCCGCUGGGGGGGUACCACCCGUGGCCGUACAACUACCAAGGUUGCAGGGUGGCCUGCAGAGUUAUCAUGCCCUGCAACUGGUGGGUGGCACGCAUUUUGGGUGUGGUGUAGACUCGUCCACCUGGUGGCAGAGUCUAUCAGGGAAGGAUGUGGGGAGGGGUUGGGUUUUAAGGGAGGGGACAUGAAGGGAAAAAUGUAGGUGGCUUCUUAAUGUCAUCUAUUGUAGUUACCUUUUAGUCUGAGCAGAUUCGUAGGAAAUGAACAGCAUCAGUCACAUUAUAAAUGCAUGACACAGAAUCUAGGACAGACAUGAUCUGACAUGUAGAGAUACACAGUGCUGCACUCUGCACAGCUUGUCUUAUUAAAAAAACAGACGAGAUAUUGAUUUAGAUCCUUGUGGACUACAACGCAACAUGCUGUCACUAGAACAGAGGUUAUGAUAUGAAACAUCCAACAGACUAGUUUUCAGUGAAAUUCAGACAUCUGCAUUGAAUUCAUUUAACAGGUGCCAUUCAUCCAUAGGAAUAGCGGACAGUCUUGUAUUUAUAAUCAUAAUUAUUCCUUUGCUUUCACUCUUUGCUUUUUGAUGUAAAUAAAUGUAUAGGGUGCAAAGUAUUUCUGUCAGCUUGCUUAAAUAGUAGCUAUUGUUAAUUAGGAUUUUCUUCAUUCAUGUGAGAAAUCUUUGACUCCUGUGUUUUUAAUUCUUUCCUUUUCCCAUUGUCAUGAACAGCUCUCAUUAAAACUGUACUGUACUUGUUCUCUCACAAACUUCAUCUAAAUGUGUUUUCAUCUGCAUUGAAGCUAUAUCAAAGUGCAAUAUCUCUGAAUAAACUUUUUUAAGUAAA